AUGAUCAGUACACAAUUUAGUGCUAAGGUGAAAAUUUUCCGAACUGAUAAUGGUACAGAGUAUAUGGAGAAAACCUUCUAUAGCUAUUUAGACACUCAUGAGAUUAUUCACCAAACUAGUUGUGUUAAUACUGCUGCUCAAAAUGGAGUAUCUGAACGAAAGAACAGGCAUCUCUUAGAAGUUGCUAGGGCUCUUAUGUUCACCAUGCAUGUUCCUAAGGCUUAUUGGGGUGAUGCGAUUCUUACAGCUGCUUAUUUAAUCAAUCGUAUGCCAUUAAGAACCUUAAAUUUUAGGUGUCCUAUAGAACUUUUCCAGGGCAAUAACUCUCACAUUAUUUCUCCAAAGGAGUCAGAAGCCUUUUAUCCACCAUCACCUCUUCAGGGGGAGAAUGAUCAUAUAGAAGAUGUGAUUUCUCUUGGUCAACCUAUACUUGAGUUGCCUAUGUAUAAUGGUCAGGGGGAGCACAAAAGUGAUGAUAAUACUUAUAAUGGAGAUCAUGUUCAAACUGAUGCUGAAAAAAUACUUAAACAGGCAAGGAAAAGGUUGGACAAACUUGAUCUAUUAAGGUACUCACGCAAGAAAAAGGAGGAUACUACUCUUCAUAGCCAAUCACCUAACCCGGGCUCAACUCCUGUGGAUUCAGGUAAUCUAUCUCCUCCUUCUAACUUGUCUAAUGAACUUCCAUCUCUUAAUUCAUGUGAUAAUGAGCUUGAUCUUCCAAUAGCUGUCAAGAAAGGAGAGGAAGCUGUUAAUGAUCCUAAAUGGAAAGAUGCUAUGGUAGAAGAAAUGAAAGCCUUGGUAAAGAAUGGAACAUGGGAGGUUGUCGACAUGCCAUUCAGAAAAAAACCAGUAGGAUGUAAAUGGGUAUUCACAGUGAAGCAUAGGGUAGAUGGCUCCAUUGAAAGGUUAAAGGCGCGACUGGUGGCAAAAGUAAUCAUUGCUUUUGGUUACAAACAAAGCCAUGCAGAUCAUACUAUGUUCAUCAAAUAUCUCCAAGGGAGGAUUACUAUUCUCAUUGUAUAUGUUGAUGAUAUAGUGAUAACGGGUGAUAAUCAAGUUGCUCGAUCAGAAAAGGGUAUAUUCAUCUCCCAAAGAAAAUAUGUCCUUGAUUUGCUAAAGAAAACAGGAAUGCUAGGCUGUAAACCUGUUGACACUCCCAUUGAAGCUAAUCAUAGGCUGAAAGAAAAUGUCGGAGAAUUAGUUGACAUUGAUCGAUAUCAACGACUAGUUGGGAGAUUGAUUUAUCUUUCUCAUACACGGCCUGACAUUGCUUAUGCGGUAAGUAUAGUCAGCCAAUUUAUGUACAGUCCUCGAACUAUACAUCUUGAUGUUGUCUUUCGAAUUUUAAGGUAUCUCAAGUCUAGUCCAGCAUAUUCUUAUGCUGAUUGGGCGGGCUCUCCUAAUGAUAGAAGAUCCACUUCUGGUUAUUGUGCCUUCAUGGGUGGAAAUUUGGUCACUUGGAGAAGCAAGAAAUAA